UUUUUAGCUGAUUUUUUCUGCCUGAGUUUAAUUAAAAAUCUCCUUUAUGGAAAAUAAAAAUAACUUUUAAUCAAAGAAACAAAAAAAAAAAGAGAUUUUUCAGACAGAAGAAAAAAAGAAAAAAAAAGUCUGGCGUCUUCUGCAGAAUUCACAUUUGGUGUCUGCUGCUGGCGUUGGUCUUUCUCUUUCUCUUUCUACUUUUUUUUGGUUCUGCGAUUUCCAUCAAAACCCUUUUCCCAACAAUCUUGGUUUUGUACAGAGAAGAAGAAGAAGAAGAAAGGCACACAAAAUAACCCAUGUCUGGUUUAUACAAUAACUCAUCUUACUUCUCUCCUGCUCGAGCUGCUUCUCCUCAGAUUAGAAGCACUCCUGAGAUCGACAGCUCUCAGUACUUGACGGAGCUUCUCGCUGAACAUCAAAAGCUUACUCCUUUUAUGCAGGUCCUACCCAUAUGUAGCCGUCUAUUGAAUCAAGAGAUGUUCAGGGUCUCUGGAAUGAUGUCUAACCAAGGAUUUGGUGAUUUUGAUAGACUUCGACACAGAAGUCCCAGCCCUAUGGCUUCUUCUAAUCUUAUGUCUAAUGUCUCUAAUACCGGGUUAGGAGGCUGGAACGGCCUCUCUCAGGAGAGACUUAGUGGAACACCUGGAAUGACAAUGGAUUGGCAAGGUGCACCUGGAAGCCCCAGUUCAUACACCGUCAAAAGGAUAUUGCGUCUGGAGAUUCCUGUAGAUAACUAUCCUAAUUUCAAUUUUGUUGGACGACUUCUCGGCCCUAGAGGCAACUCGUUAAAACGCGUUGAAGCUACCACCGGUUGCCGAGUAUUCAUCAGAGGGAAAGGGUCAAUCAAGGAUCCCGAAAAGGAAGAUAAAUUAAGGGGAAGACCUGGCUAUGAACACUUGAAUGAGCAGCUUCACAUCUUAAUAGAGGCAGAUCUUCCAGCUAGUAUUGUGGAGAUACGUCUGCGACAAGCUCAAGAAAUUAUAGAAGAGUUACUAAAGCCUGUGGACGAGUCGCAAGAUUUCAUAAAGAGACAGCAGCUGAGGGAACUGGCAUUGCUAAACUCGAACAACCUGAGGGAAGAGAGUCCGGGGCCAAGCGGAGGUGGAAGCGUUUCGCCUUUCAAUUCAAGUGGUAAACGCCCGAAAACAGGAUGCUAAGUAGCGUUUUGUACGUCUCGCCCAAAACGCUCCUUCAAGCCUUAUAAUGGUUACUUCAACCAAAAGUACAUGUCUGCAUGCAUUACACAGACGCACAUGUGUAUAUCUGGUUUCUCCAGUAGUGGCUGCAAUGGUGGUGGUCUGGUCAAGGCCUGCCCUGGUCUCUCUCGGGUGAGCGACCCUGUGGCUUUCGUUUUUCUUCUUCUUUAUUUUAAACUUUUGUUUUUCUUUUUCCUCAUCAAAAAUUCAUUACAGAUUAUUUAAAAAAGAUUCAUGCAAAAAAAAAAAAAAAGAGUAUGAGAUAUAUAAUAUAUAUAGGGAGAAAAAGAUGUGGUGGCUUGGGAGGGCGUGGACUGAAAAUUCUUAUUGUAUAAACAUAAACAAAAAACACAUUUAUUGGAUUGAUUCUUAUCGUUUGAUUUGGUUUAUUUGUUUCUUUCAUAUAU